AUGCCGCCGUUCAUGGGAGCCUUUCCCGUCUCUCCCACCCACAUGCAGCAUGCUCCUCCUUCCCUUCACUACCGCCAGGCGCAUCCCGGGGGGCACCGGAUGCCAGCCGGGGCUCAAGUCUUCGGAGGACCGAUCCCUGUUACCACCAUGCCCAUGUAUGGGGCGUCUGUAGGAGGUGCUCAUAAUCAGGCGUCGAUGACUCUCGGGCUCCAUGGCGAGAAAAUUCCUUCCCAACAGCAUGCACAGAUGAUGAAACCGAUGCUUCCCCAGCAGCCCUUCGGGUUCAACCCCCAGAUGAAGCGCCCAUCAGGGGGGCAGCACGCUAUCCCAAACUUGGUCAAAUCUCCGGGAGGAUCGAGUGGGCUGCCUCCAAACAUGGAUCCGAGCUCUCACCAGACUGCUAGACGCAUCUCAAAUCCCAGCAUGUCUUCUCCUGGAUCUCAAAUCCCGAUAUCAGGCAAGCCGAUCAUUGCUCAGUCAAGUGAGUAUGCUGCAAGUCAAGUCGCGCGGCCACAGCAGCCCUCGGAUGGAGCCAUCUACAGCCAACACCUUGAAGCUUCUUCGGAAUCGAGGAAACGAAGCCUGUCCGCAAGUCCGAUGAUGCCGAGGAAUCAAUCGGUGCUGGGCUCGAGCAGCACCCCCGAACCUAGGAUGCCGACGAACCCCUAUGCUGCAUCCAGCCAGGGGAACCCAAGCCUCUCACCCGCAUACAUGGAGAAUUUCCAGGCUAAACCAUCCAACGGCACAAGGACAGAGAACCUCGAGUGUGGCGUCGGUCUCUACUUCAAGAUUGAUAGCAAAUCCCGAUAUUAUGUAGAUUACAUCAUGCCAGAAUCGUCUGCUGCUGCAACAGGGGUCAUUCAACCGGGAGAUGUACUUGAGAACGUUGAUGGUCACAUGGUGGCGGGGAAGUCUUGGAACGAGUUGAGGAGGAUGAUCAUGGGGGAAAGAGGCUCUUUUGUGAACCUCAGCUUCCUGCGAGAGCUACAGGAUGAAGCCUUUCGCUUCGAUCUCGAUCUGACGCGGGGAGAUCCAACACCUGCUGAGAAGGUGAACAGGCCCAAGGCUCCAUCUCCAGAGGCUCCUGCCAUUACAGCUGAGAAUAUCUCCGAGAGCUCUUAUCCACAAGUGGACAAAGAGAAAGAGAACCUCAAGAAGAAGUAUCUUGCAGAGCAGCGACUUCACUUCGAAGCAGAAGAAGAGCUGAAACAGUACAAGGAGCAAGUCAGCAUGCUUCGAAUGACCAUAGCCGAUUUGCAAAAUGAGAAGAUAAAUCUAGCGAAAAGUCAAGGGAUCGAAGAAAACGCUCUGGCAGCUGGAUUUGUCCCAAAGGAUGUCCUGAUGGAAUUAGAAUCUCGACUGCAUGCCACGGAAGCGGAGUUGCAGAUCAUGAAGUCAGAGAGAAACGAAUUGAUGAACCGUAACAUGGACAAAGACUACGUGCCAAAGGAGCAGUUUGAAGCUGCAACAUCUCAGAUCAUGAAACUCGAAGAUCAGCUCGAGAUUGCGCGGCAGAUGCUGUCGUCGCAGGAGGCCACCUCCAAUGCAAGGUCUACUGAGCACUCUCACAUUGAGAAGUUGUGCUCGAUCGUGUUACCAACAGCGAUCACAGCUCUGAACGAUCUGAGCGAUCAGAACGGACAUUCUUCUUCCGCUCUCUGGACGCUGAUUCGCAUCGAGGGCUACAUCGCAUCUCUCGCCUCCCGCAUCGUUCAGUUCGACAUCCAAAAGAUGGCACUUGUUCUCCUGCAGCCCGAAAACGCAAGAGACCUCCAUGAGUCUGCUCUGUCCAUCGCCGUCCUGUCGUGGAAUUCAAGUGGGAGGCAGAUGCUGCUGGAAAACAGCAUGAUCGUCCCUGCGUUGAUGAGUCUCUUGCUCGACGAAGCGGAGCAGAGCUCUAACCAGACCGGGGAGGAGAGAAUGCUCUGCGGGAGAUACGCGUCCAUGGCCAUCGCAAACUUCUGCUUGGAGGAGAAAGGGAGAAUUCUGAUCUCGAGGGAGCCCAUGGCCAUCCAGCGGCUCUUCGUCACCUUGAAUGGGAGGGAUCCUGACUCUGCCAUCUUCGCCCUGCUGGGAAUCGGCAACCUGUUCAUGGUCCCGGACGUCAGGAAGCAGGACUCCCUCGUUCCCAUCCAGGAAGCCCUCGGUGCGGAGGAUCCCAUCAUCACGAGAUUCGCUGUCGGGGCCGUUCGCAACUUUGCGACGGACGAGGAAUGCAGGGAAGCCAUCAUGAAGCUGCCAGGGCUCCUUGAGAUCCUGCAGAGCCUUGCUAAGAGCAACCAACCCCGCAUUCGCGAGCAUGCCGAAGCUGCCCUGAGCAAUCUCGGGGUCUCGGGCUUCCUUCGGACUUCGAGGAGCUCCCAAGACGACUUCAUGUGCUGCUUGCUCUGCUGCGUUGCCUGUAGGACUGACGUGCUGGGGAAGGAAAAGAGCUACGUUGAGUACGAUCAGCGAUCCAAGCUGAGUUCAAGACCAGAGAACAUCUUUUAG